AUGAGCGUUAUCCUGUGUACAGCGGGGUAUGACCAUACCAUCCGGUUCUGGGAAGCCCUCUCUGGAAUCUGUUCGCGCACCCUCCAACAUCCCGACUCCCAGGUCAACCGUCUGUGCAUUACCCCGGACAAACGCUACCUCGCCGCAGCGGGCCACACCAAUGUCAAACUCUUCGACAUCAAAUCCUCCAACCCGAACCCGGUGAUGACCUUUGAAGGUCACACGAAUAAUAUCACGGGAGUUGCAUUUCACUGCGAAGGGAAGUGGAUGGUUACUAGUUCUGAAGAUGGCACCGUCAAGGUCUGGGAUACACGAUCGGGCAGUCUGCAACGAAACUAUGUGCACAAGGCUCCGGUGAAUGAUGUAGUCAUUCAUCCGAAUCAGGGAGAGUUGAUUAGUGGUGAUCGCGCUGGAACCGUUCGUGUUUGGGACUUGGGCGAAAGUGUGUGUACGCAUCAAUUGAUUCCGGAGGAUGAUGUUGCUGUGUCGAGCGUGAGCGUUGCAAGCGAUGGUUCGUUGUUGUGUGCUGGUAACAAGAAGGGAAACGUAUAUAUUUGGCGCAUGAUCCAAGACACCGAAGUGACUCGCAUUGUACCCAUUGCAAUGUUCCAAGCACACAGAGACUACCUUACACGAGUACUACUAUCGCCAGACGUCAAACACCUAGCGACCUGCUCAGCAGACCAUACCGCCAAAAUAUGGAAUCUUGACCAGGCCUAUCCACCUGCUGUAGCCGCUGCAGAAACAGCCGCUUCUCGUCCCAACAACGCCAACGGAACUGCCACUCCCACACCUCCUACCAACGGUGUACCCAACGGUAACGGCGUUGGAUCUUCAGCCACUACAAUCCCACAACCCACACGAAGCACAUCCACCGACCUCGCAGCCAGCGAUUUCAGCAUGGUCAGCAGCGCCGCCAGCCUCAAUCCGCUCCUCAGCCCAGGCCAGAGUCAGCAGCAGCAACAACAAUCGAACCCGUUUCCCACACAACCCGACGGACCACCCAUCGAUCCGUCAACCGGCACCCCGUUCCUAGAGACUACCCUCUCAGGCCAUCAGCGUUGGGUAUGGGACUGCGCCUUCUCCGCCGAUUCGGCGUAUCUGGUCACCGUGUCUAGUGACCAUUACGCGCGAUUGUGGGAACUGGCUUCUGGCACGAUCAUUAGGCAGUAUAGCGGCCAUCAUCGAGGCGCAGUUUGUGUUGCGUUGAAUGAUUAUUCGGAGCCUCGCUAA